AUGCGACUUCUCGUCCUUUUCCUUGCUCUCCUCGGCCUUUUCUCCGCCUUACGGCACGAGAGUGAAAGCUCUUCCAACUGCGACGACUACGACGACGACUGGGACUGUGACCAUGUGGACGAAGACGACUACGACGAUGAUAGUUUGCACCCCGUUCCGCGACGUGGAUUCGGACCGCCCGUCAAGCGUCCGAAAGAGCGCUCAGAAUACAUUCGAUUCGGAAAGAAGUGA